AUGGUGUACUUUUCGUUGAUCGAGGCUCCUCACAACCUCAAGGAGGGCAUCGACUGGUUGAUGGCGCUGAGGGGAACUGAUGCUGAAGCCAACUUGAAGGCUCUGGGCGCCGCAGUUCACCAUUUGCUCGCGGACAAGCCUGUUGGUCUGACCAAGAUUGAAUCUCUGGAGUUUAUUAAGCACAUUACCAAGGAGUUCCUGGAGCGUAAACAUAUUAAAAACCAGGAGUUUGUACAGACUCUAUUGUGUAGGUUCAACGGGCCCAUGGAUAAAUCCAACCUGCCCCUUAAGCGCUGCUUUCGUAAAAUCGACGGCGAUUAUGAUAACAUCGUGAAGGGUUUGCGUUUGAAGCCUGACUCCAUGGGAUUGUGCCUGGGUCGCGUUGCCUACGGGUGUGACAAGUUCCUGAAGCAUAUGAAGAUUCCUGAUGAGUACAAGUCUGCUUACAGUUCGAAAGCGACGUGGGAGUCGUCGUGCGCGCAGGACCCAGAAGCUUGUGCAGUCGUAUUUGUGGGUAUCGCACCAAUGCUGUACACUGGCUUACGUUCUUUGAAAGAUGCGACCGAAGCUGCAAAUGCGGACGAGAAGGAUGAGGGAGCGAGGAGGCGUUUAAGGAAGGUAUUGAGGGCCGUUGGUUACAGGAGGUCGAAGAGGCGCUCCAAUAUCAGCGUCCCAUUUAUGUCGCAGGCGUUGGGCGAUGUGGACAAAGAUGUAUUGGACAUCCUGUACGACUUCGCUGGGUUCUGGGCAUUCUAUUGA